GGCUCUGCCUGUGGGGAGCACCCAGUUAUCAGAAAGUGACGCUGAUGGUUUCCGUAAACACCCAAGAGCUGCCGCAUUUGAUUGCUGUACCCUUCAGAGCGGUCGGGUGACAAUCGGGAUAAUUUGGGGAACCCUUGAGCUCAGGUUCAGGGCUUAAAAAAUGUGUCAGGACCUCCUGUGGGACCCUCAGAGUGGAGCGCGUUACUCACUGGCGGCAAACACUUGCCUACAGAGAAAGGACCCAAGUUUUUCAGUCAGAUUUGUCAUCUGGCCACAACUUUGGGUAGAGAAGCGAGAGAUUAAGUAAGCCACUCUUUUGGUAAAAAACCAAAGCGUACAAGCACAGCGGAUGCUGCCCUGAUGCUUCUUAAAAAUGGGCUGACAGCGGAGCACAGCAAGGGCGCCACAGAGGCUGCGCGCCUGGGUAGCACGGCUGGACCGCUGACGGGCCGCGGCGACGCCGGGAGGGAGCCCGCGCUCCCCGGGGGGCGGGGUCUGUUUGUCGGCGGGGGCGCGCCAGGCCCGCCGGAGCGAGUGCGGCGGCCGGGCGGCUUGGCUCUUCCCGCGCGGCCGCUGCCCCGCAUGCGGCCUGUGGCCGGGCUCCCCGACGCUGGGCCAGAGGCGGCUGUUACUGGGGUUCCGGCCGGUAAGGCGGCGUGGGUCGCGGGGCGGGCUCGGGGCCGGCGGGCGGCGCCGCGGACGCUCGCGCUCCUCGUCCCGGCGCCCGGCCGCGGCCGGCGCGCUGUCGGAUCCCGGAGGUCGUGCUCGGGCUCCGCCAGCGACAGCCGGGUGGCCCGUCGAAUUGUCCUCCUCGGCCUCCGGGCCCCUGGGUGCCGUCCCCCGCUCCGCCUGUCUGGACCUCGCGGCCCUCAGCCCGGGAGGCCGCGGGGCGGGGCGGCCAGGGCCCGCGCACCGCACCUACCGCCGGGACGGCCCCUGCACGGCGGCAGCGGCGCCCCCGGGCCGGGCUGCUCCGGGGCGAGGGGCGGAGCGCGCGGUCUCAACGCCCCUGCCCACGUGGGGGGCGGUCCUGGCAGGCAGAGAAAUUCCCUUGCCCCCAAUGGGGCCAGGCGGGAGAGCCUUUUCCCCCCCAACUUUGAAGAACAGAAUACAUCAACAGAACUGUUCCUGUGGCCAAAAAUAUGUUGGAUCUUCUCUUUGCCGUCACAGCAUCAGGCUUGCUAUCCGGUUCACCCAGCAAUUCUUGUCUCUUUCUUCAAGUCAAGCCCACACCGUUUCUUAUCAGCAAGCAAAUCCCUGGAUUUCACAUCGUUGGCAAAAUCUGCUUCAAAAAUAUCUGAAGGUUUUGGGUUGGAGUGAGGUUUAUGAGCAAUUCGGUGUUUUGCUUUAAACUCAAAGCCACUUUUAAUUUCUUCUGUCAACAAUAUCACCUGCAGCAUCACUCAUUUUCUGCAAAUCUGUGAAUUCAACUCUGAAUUCAAAAUUUUUGUCACUUUAAAAAAA